UCAUAAUAACAAUAUAUCAAUCUAAACAAUCACAUUAAAUUGAGAAAUACAUAAACAUUCUAAUAUUCAAAAGAGCAUUACACAAAAUAGAUUUCUAUUAAUCAUGUGGACCAAUAACUAUUGGACUUUCACAUAUCGCAACACGUUGGCCAGUAUUUCAAAUGAUUUCAAAAGUACUGACGAGUAUGAAAGCGAGACUACUGAGUCCAAGGGAUUACCCUCGACAUAUCUGAACAAUGCACUGCGCACCCAACUGCUUCUACUCGAUUACAAGCAAUUUAAAGCGGCUCGAAUUAUCCAAAAGACUUUUCGGGGCUGGCGAGUGCGUAAUCACAUGGUAAAGCAAAGCAAUGCAGCUGAAAUUAUUCAGAGAGUGUGGCGACGAUAUCUUGUGGGGCGUAAUCUCCAGAUGAUCGCAGAAGAAAAGGUACAGCAAUCGAUGGUGAUUUUGUUCAACUCGAGCUCUAUCAAGAUACAAGCCUCAUUUCGUGGUUGGUGGACACGCAAGCAUGUGAAUAAUACAAGCUAUCUGCAUACUCUUCAAUUAAAUGCUGUCCAGUAUAUUUUAUAUGAAAUGAUAGGCAGCCUUCACACAAUGAAAAGAUCUAACGUGCUGCCAGGAAUAUCGACAUUUUAUAAUCAGGAAUGCAUGGAUAAAGUGCAGAAUCUGCUUUCGACAUUGUCAUAUAGAAUGUACAAUGAAGUUGUAGCUAGACGCCAGUUGAGAGCCAAUUUCGUCUUAAGGAAGAUUUGGAGAUGUGGAAAAAAUCGCAGCUAUAUACUUUGGUGCCCUAUAUGGGUAUUAGCUGUGAUCCGUCGAUGCAUUACAUUGACAUGGGACCCUCCACAGAGGACUUUAAGGAUAUUGGUUUGGUGAAAUGUAUUCUGGAAGCUAACAACAAGAUUCAUAAGACCAAACGAAAGUCAAUUGAGAAGGUUAAGGGAAGAUUUUCAGAGCAUAGUUUUCCCGAUAACCAGAGCAUGUUCUGCCGUGAAAUGAUGGAGAAGAUAAAAAAGUGGAAAGCUCUUCAAAAUACAGGUUUAGGCAAAUCAUUGCAAAAUAGAUAUUCGGAGAUGUAUAUGCCAGACUUCUUGUCUGACAUUAAAUCGUAUCUGGAAUCUCAUAACUACAUGGAAAACUGUUACUGCAAACCUGUUCCGACACGUUCAUGUCCUUGGACAUAAUUAUUGUGUUGUAAAUUGAAAUUUUAGAAAUAAAGCGAUUUGGAGUGCUUCCUUUUAUAUUCCGACAAA